AUGGCUAUUCAAGCACAGCGCUAUUUGGAAAAUCUCGUAUUUCCUUUGGGAGGGCCUCAGGAUUUGGUGAUGGACAAUACUCGUGGAUUGAAUCAGUUAUAUUUUGAGUCUCAACAACAGUUUGAUCAGUUACAGAAUUUGGUUCAAAGAAACAUCAACCAUCAUCAAACAAUGGGUUUUUCUCAGAGCCUUGGUCCCCAGAUAGAGAAACAGAGGGCUGAGAUUGAUCGGUUCAUCCGUUUACAGAAUGACAGGUUAAGAAGGGCUUUGCAAGAACAGAGAAAGCAACAAAUUGCGUUUUUUGUCAAGAAAUACGAACCAAAGAUUCAGCUUUUACUCAAACAAAAGGAUGAACAAGUAUCCAAGGCUGUAAACAGAAAAAUGGAGCUUGAAGAUUUUCUUAGAAAAAUGGAGAUUGAGAAUCAGACAUGGCAGAGAAUAGCAAAAGAAAACGAAGCGGCGAUCCUAUCGUUGAACAAUACAAUCCAACAGCUCAAAGAAAGUGCCUGUUUAUCAGCCAAUGAAAUUGAAGAUGCAGAAUCGUACUGUAAUGUGAUCGAUCACAAAAAUGGUGAAGAAGAACCAAGAACGAGAACCAUGAUUUGCAGAAGCUGUGAUAUUCGGAAUUCUUGCGUAAUCAUACUACCCUGUAGGCAUCUUUGUUCUUGCAAAGAUUGUGAAGUUUUUCUUGAUUCAUGUCCAAGAGCCGUCGCCACCACCAUUUUCACGCCCAGCGCCGCCAAGCCUCGCCGGAGAAAAGGCGGAUCUGCAGCGGUGGUUUCUCGCCGGAGCAUGGAGAAAGGAGAGGAGAAGAUUGGGACAAGAGAGUGA